GACCCCGCUGGCGGCCCGCGCCGGGCGCUCGCCCUCCUGGAAGCCCCCGAGGGCCCCCGGACCUCGGCCGACUGAACAGAAACUGCUCUCCCAUUGAUUCGACCGGGCCUGGGCGAGCGGCCGGGUGCGUGUGCCGGAGCGCGUGCGGAAGGCAGAAGGGCAGGAAGUCGGUCUCUGGCAGCCGGGGUGGCGGCACCGCGCAGGGGACGCAGCCUUCCUUAUUUAUGUGUCUGCCGGCGUUUGCCUUCUUCGCCCGAAGACUUCAGGGAGCGUCUCGGAGCUGCGUUCCUCGCGUGUGAGGCACGGGAAGGGCUGGAUGUCUGAACAACAUGCUUAUCCAUUAACCUCCAAACUUUCCUUUUUUUAACCCAAAGAAUAUCGGUGAUUUUUGUUCACUGCUCGCAGAAGAAGAGAGAACCCAGGGCCCUUGAAAUGCAGCAAAAUCCUUAUUUAUAAAGUGGCCCCGCUGUAGUGAUAUGUGAACCCCCUGGACUCAGUGAAUCUUCUAUCCUAUGGAUAUCGGUCUUGGGAUUUGAGACUGAAGAGCUGUGCUACUGUCUGCGCUGGGUCCGGCGGCCUCCAUCCUGUCCAUGCCCAGCUUCCCCUGGGACUGCUGGUCCUCCCUGGAGAUCAGAGUGGUCCUGUGUGCCAUGGGCUGCAUUCAGAGCAUCGGAGGCAAAGCCAGAGUCUUCCGGGAAGGCAUCACGGUGAUCGAUGUGAAGGCCUCUAUCGACCCCAUCCCCACCAGCAUCGAUGAGUCCUCCAGCGUGGUGCUCCGCUACCGGACACCCCACUUCCGUGCCUCGGCCCAGGUGGUCAUGCCGCCCAUCCCCAAGAAGGAGACCUGGAUAGUCGGCUGGAUUCAGGCGUGCAGCCACAUGGAGUUCUACAACCAGUACGGGGAGCAGGGCAUGUCCAGCUGGGAGCUCCCAGACCUCCAGGAAGGCAAGAUUGAGGCCAUCAGCGACUCGGACGGGGUGAACUACCCGUGGUACGGCAACACCACAGAGACCUGCACCAUCGUGGGCCCCACCAAGAGAAACUCCAAGUUCAUCAUUAGCAUGAACGAUAACUUCUACCCCAGCGUCACGUGGGCCGUGCCCGUCAGCGAGAGCAACGUGGCCAAACUGACCAACAUCUACCGGGACCAGAGCUUCAUCACGUGGCUGGUGGCCACCAACACCUCGACCAACGACAUGGUCAUCCUGCAGACCCUGCACUGGCGCAUGCAGCUGAGCAUCGAGGUGGACCCCGCCCGGCCCCUGGGCCAGCGCGCCCGGCUCCGGGAGCCCAUCGCCCAGGACCAGCCCAAAAUCCUGAGCAAGAACGAGCCCAUCCCGCCCAGCGCCCUGGUCAAGCCCAACGCCAACGACGCUCAGGUCCUCAUGUGGCGGCCCAAGUUUGGGCCGCCGCUGGUGGUGAUCCCGCCCAAGCACCGGUAGCGGCUGGGGGCGCCCGCGGGGCGACACCCGGAUGAGGACACCGCUCAAGCGACCCCCCACACGGACUCUGUGGUCAUUCAGCGAAAUACAACCUUUCUACCUUCUCCGGCGGGGCGGAUCUCACUGUGCGAAUGCCCCUGGGAUGGCCCCUCCCCACCCCGCCCCGCCCCCGCCCUUCUGGAACCUGCUUUCCUGGGGGAGGGGGGAGACCCAGGCGGGACCGACCCCCCAACAUGCACCCUCAGUGUCACCCUGGGUCUCCUUUCCUCUCCUCGCAAGUUCAUUCAUUUGCAACAGACACCCUGAAACAACUGCUUUUUCUGUUCUUUUUUUUUUUUUUAAAUCCCU